UCGUCAUGACAUCAUCGUCAUCUGAUUCCCGAACAGCUGCAGGAAUCCAGUUGCGUUGGAGUGGACGAUGGACAUUGCUGCAUACACAGCUCUCCAGACCUCCUGCGCUAGAAUGACCAGGAUUCCUGUGUGGCCAAAUUAUAUCUUGUGUUGUUAGCGUGCUCGUCUCUUUAUAAUCAAUCUUCCGGGAGCCAGGAGCAGCCCUUCCUGUGAAUUUAAGACUCGCGCGUGACCAUCUGCUUUUUUAGAAGCCGUCUCGCAUCUCCAACGUGUGGAUUAUGACCCUGGACACAGAUUUAAUGGAUGACCUCGUUGUCGACGUGGUUGGAGAAGGUGGCAAAGAGUCUGCAGACGAGCAUCUUUCGACUUCGGCUCUCUCUGCAUCCGACCAGGUCCAUAAUAAGGACGAGGAGGACCAGGUCCCAUCUUCCAUAUGUCCGUCAAGUUCGAGCAAAAGCACCUCGGUGAAACCGCCCUAUUCAUACAUUGCUUUGAUAACCAUGGCCAUCCUCCAGAGCCCGAAGAAGCGUCUCACCCUCAGCGAGAUAUGCGACUUCAUCAGCCACCGGUUCGUGUACUACCGAGAGAAGUUCCCGGCCUGGCAGAACUCCAUCCGCCACAAUCUCUCCUUAAACGACUGCUUCGUGAAAAUGCCUCGCGAGCCGGGUAAUCCCGGGAAGGGCAAUUACUGGACUCUGGAUCCCAAUUCAUCGGAUAUGUUUGAGAAUGGAAGUUUCCUUAGAAGAAGGAAGCGAUUUAAACGGCAGCACUUUAAAUUUGGCGUGUUCAAAGACCAAGCGCUGCAGCCGAGUGGUUUUCCGAACCUCAGUUACGGCGCGUACGGGCUCAGCGCGUCCUGCGCGCACCUACCAGCUCUAGAUGUCUACCCGUAUGGCUUCCAUCAACACAUCGGUGUUCCACCUGUUGGCAGCAUUUUACCGGCUCUGUCCACUCUCUUCUCCAGAAACUCUGUGGCAGCCAAAUCCUUCCCACAGUCACAAACAGUGGCCAUGGAGCCGGUCACCCCUGGCCUAGCCUGCGCAAUGGCCCCGACCUCUCCAUACGCAUCCUCAGCAGCUCUCUUCAAUCCCGUGGGCUUCCCCCGGGUGCUCAAUUUUCAGUACGAGUACCAGAAGCUGCAAAACGCUCACAGCCACGUGGAUUUAUCCACUAAACACAGACAUCUGGCUAGCGUCAAUGACUAGCAGCGCAUAAC